UGAUUUUGAUCGUCUCCACCAUUGGCAAACAUCAACUCUUUACUUCCCUUGGAGAAGCAAGGACAACAAUUUUGAUUGUGGUGUCUAUGCAAUCAAAACCAUGGAGCUGUAUGACGGUCAUAAUACUAACCAUGCUGCACUUGUUGACCUGAAAAGGGCAGCCACCAAAAACCUUGAGCGGUGUAGGCUUGCUGUUCGUCUUGUGGACCAUCCUUUAAACAAACUGAGAGAGAAAGUGAAGCAUGACUGUUAUGUUUGGUCUGCAAAGAAACCUGAACUGAUGGCAAGACAGAAGAUAAGGAAGGAUAAAGAGGCUGUCCUAGAUAAAUUAGCAUUUAAUCGAUCAAAGAAGACGAAUAGAAAAGAAGCACACAUUUUACGGCGAAGGAGGGAUCAUGAGGCGAAAGUAGAAGAUGUGUUGAAUAAUAAUUUUGGAGACAAAGUGAAAAUAGAGCAACUGUUGAAAUUUCAUUAUUGUUAGGUGCCAAACUUUUUUUUUAUUAUUAUAAUGUACAGUAGAAAUAGAAACCAUUGAAUUUUGCAAUGUACAGUACAAAUAGCACAGAACUCAUUUUACAUUUUAUAUAUGUGUUCUUUAAUGAAUUGUACAUUUACACUUACUUUGAAUGGAAUACAUUUGUGUAAAAAUGAAGUUGUUUGAAAAUUAAUUGGAAAAAUACAAAUACCAACUGAAAAAUGAAAAAUCUAACUCAUAAUAAUA